AUGACUAAUAAAAGUCAACCAGAAUGGCACGUCCCAGAAAAUAAUGAGUCGUUGCCUACUCUUAAACUUUAUAACUCACUUACAAGGAGCAAGAUUGAUUUUGUUCCGAAAAAGGGAAAACAAAUAUCUUGGUACAAUUGUGGACCGACGGUUUAUGAUUCUGCGCAUAUCGGUCAUGCUAGGUUAUAUGUAACGAUAGAUAUUAUUCGACGUAUACUUUCGGAUUAUUUCAAUUAUGAUGUUUUAUAUGUAAUGAAUAUUACUGAUAUUGAUGACAAGAUUAUACUUCGCGCUCGUCAAAAUUACCUUUUCAAUAAUUUCAAGUCAACAAUAAAUUCUCUUACUAAAGAAUUAAUAGAUCAAGUUAAAACUGCACUAAACGACUUUGCUCAAACAAGACUUGGCGUUGUGAAUGAUGGUUCAGUGCUUAAUUUGGCACCUUCAAAGGAGGACCCAAAAUACCUUUUGUAUGCCAAUACUUUUAGAGAAACUUUAGAAACAGUUGUGUCUGCUGAAUUUUCUCUAGAAGAAAAUGAUGCAAGCCAAGAGGCAGCACAUCAACUAUUGGAUGGAUCUAAAGACGUUGUUUCAUCAUGGUUAGAUAAGGAAAAAGGUGAUACUGUGACGGAUCAAAAAGUUUUUCGCGAUUUGGCUGCUUAUUGGGAACAAGAUUUUAUGAAAGAUAUGGAAUUAUUAAAUGUUCGACCAUGUGAUAUUUUAACUCGCGUUAGCGAAUAUGUUCCUGAGAUAGUAACAUAUGUUCAAAAAAUAAUUGAAAACGGUUAUGGUUAUGUAGUGGAUGGAUCAGUCUAUUUCGAUACAAAGGAAUUUGAUGCUAAAAAAGGUCAUCAUUAUGCCAAGUUGCAACCGUGGUCUGCUGGGAACGAAGGAUUAAUAGAGGAAGGUGAGGGUAGUUUAGGAAGCAAAUUACUAGGGAAAAAAAACAAGUGUGACUUCGCUUUAUGGAAAAAAAGUAAACCUGGUGAACCAUCUUGGAAGUCUCCUUGGGGACCAGGACGACCUGGUUGGCAUAUAGAGUGUUCUGUGAUGGCUAGUGAAAUUCUUGGAGAAAAUAUGGACAUUCAUUCUGGAGGAAUUGAUUUGGCGUUCCCACAUCAUGAUAAUGAAUUAGCACAAUCUGAAGCAAGUCAAAAAAUGAGCAAGUCAUUAAAGAAUUUUAUUACAAUUCAGCAAGCGCUUGAAAGGUAUACACCUAGGCAAUUGAGGUUGUGCUUCUUACUUCACCAAUGGGAUUCUAAACUCGAUUUUAAAGAAAGCAUCUUUGAUGAGAAUUUUUUUGUUAAUACCAAAGCCCUUUUAAAUGAACGUAAGCAUAACGCUUAUGACUCCGAUGGUACGCACCGAUACCGCAGUUCCGAAAGAGAAUUAAUAAAUCUCCUUCGUGAUAAAAAGAUAACGAUUCAUGAAGCCCUAUGCGAUUCAAUAAAUACUCCAAACGCUAUUUCAGAACUAAUGGAACUAAUUAACAGGGCCAAUAUUUACUUAUCUAGCGGAAGAAAUAAUAUCAAUGUUAAUGUACUUGAAAACAUUGCAAAAUAUGCUACAAAAAUUUUAAAAAUUUUUGGAGUUACAGAAAAUCCCGCAUCUGAAGAGAUUGGCUUUGGAAUAUCACAGCAACAAAAUAUUGGAAAUGUGGAAGAUAUUGUCCUUCCAUACCUAAGGGUUCUAUCAGGUUUUCGCGAUAAUGUUCGCAAUCUUGCUAGGCAACAAAGUAGUCAUAAUGAAUUUUUGGCAUUAAGUGAUAAAUUAAGAGAUAUAGAUUUAGUAGAAUUAGGUGUGUCAUUGGACGAUCAUGAAGAUGGUAAAGCUUUAGUAAAGCUUGUAGAUAAGAAAGAACUUAUUAAAGCAAGAGAAGAAAAACUGAAAGUUCAAGCCGAGAAAGCGGCAAAAAAAGAAGCUGUUGCAAAAGCCAAGGAAGAAGAGAGACAAAAACGACUGGAAAAAGGUAAAUUGGCUGCUGAGGAUAUGUUCAAAGAUGUAAAUGGAGAGGAUGGAGAAAAUGCUUAUUCUGCAUUUGAUGAACAGGGAAUACCAACACUCGAUGGACAAGGGCAAGAGCUUCCUAAAAAUAGAAUUAAGAAAUUUAAAAAGGAAUGGGAAGCACAAAAAAAAUUACACACAGAAUAUUUAGCUUGGGUACAAGAGCAGGGUGACAUAAAUUGA